AUGCCUCAUCCCGAGUUUGACAUCUUGCCGGCAACCACAGACGAUCUUGACGCGCUUGUCUCCAUUACUGUCGACAGCUUCAAAGAUGACAGCCACACCAUGUUCAAGGAAGCCGCUUUCGGCGCAGGAUGGUUCAAAAACUGCAUGACGGAGGUGACGGGCCAAUACAUUGAGCGGAUGGACAACCCCGGAAAGAGCGGGGUAACCCUGACCGUUCUCAAAGCUGUCGACCGAGAAACUGGCAAAAUCGUCGGCCACGUUACCUGGGGUCAAAGGUCCCGGUGUCUUCCCCGGAUCCCGUCGCGUCCGUCGUGCCCGACAAGAAAGAGUCGCAGGAAGAACCCGCCGAAGCCUCGGAAAAGGACCAAGUGGCAGAGAAUGUCGAGAAUGUAG